CACCUUAUAGUGAGUCGGUGAACGCAACGACACCGAUCUUCUCCCUACCUCCGCCUCCAUCUCCGACGAACCGAACCUUUCCUUUCGACUCUUCCAAAAUUAAUUUCCUUUCUUUUUUUUUCGAAAAAUGAAAAUUCGUGAUGCUUUUAAUCGUGCGAAUUCUUAUUUACUUAAUGACGAAAAAUAAAAUAGAAAUCAAAUCGUUGGUUUUUGAUUUUCGUGCGAUUUAAAUAGAAAUUAAUAAGUGCGAUGGAUGUGGUCACCUUCGGCGUGGUCGUGGCCAUCAUCGUCCUUUUCUUCGUUCUCGUCUUCUGCAUCACCAUCGAGGGCACUUGCCGCUCCUGUUCAUCCGCCGUCUGAGUAUAACCCUAAAUCUCAUGCCUUUAUUCACUUCUCGGCGAUUCUGGUGUUUCUCCCUUCUCCUCCUGCUCCUCCUCUUCCUCGUCGCUUCCCCUCUCGGUAGUUCCUCGUCCUGCCCCUUCUCCUCUGACGUUGAUGGUCAUCACCACCACCACGAUCAUGAUCAUGACCAUGACCACGACCACGAUCACGACCACGGGCAUCAUCACGAGCAUCAUCACGAGCAUACCGACCAUGGUUUCCAUGGCGAGAUCCGGCGGCGGAAGCUGCCGGAAGAGUUGGCUGAGGAGGAGGAUCUGAUGAUGCUAGAAGAAGUGGACCAUGAUCAUCAUCAUCACCACCACCACCACCAUUAUGAUUAUCUUGGAGACCAGCACCCGGAGCUGUCUCCGAUAGGUGUUUGGGUGCGGGCGAUGGGGUGCUCGCUACUGGUGAGCUUGGCGUCGCUGAUCUGCCUCAUUCUUUUGCCCGUGAUCUUCCUGAAGGGGAAGCCUUCUAAGGCUGUGGUGGAUUCCUUAGCUAUGUUUGGGGCUGGGGCUAUGCUGGGGGAUGCUUUUCUUCAUCAGUUACCGCAUGCAUUUGGGGGAAGUCACUCGCAUGCCCAUGAGCACCAUAAUCAUCAUCAUGAACAUGGCCAUUCUCAUGCACAUAGUUUGGAAGAUCUUUCUAUUGGAUUGUCUAUAUUAUUUGGCAUUGUCCUCUUCUUUUUAGUUGAGAAGGUUGUGAGGUAUGUAGAAGAUAAUUCUGAACAAGGUGACCAUGAUUUGAUACAUGGCCACCAUCAUCACCAUAAGCGUCAUAACAAGUUAAAGGAUGAAGAUCAUGAAGUGUUAAAUGGGGACAAUCAGGAGGGGAAAACAGAGAAAGAGUCGUCACAUAGUGAAUCAGAUGACACUCCAGCAAAGGGCCAUUCUGACCAUGAUAAUCUUCUUCGUAAGCGUGUUAAUACUAGCAGUGGCACUGCUGUUGAUGGCAAAGACUCGAAAGCUAGAAAUAGUUCUGCGAGUCAGCAAUCCUCCACCAGUGAGACAGCUUCUCAAUCAAGUUUGGUUUUUGGAUACCUGAACCUUUUCUCUGAUGGUGUACACAAUUUUACAGAUGGUAUGGCCUUAGGAAGUGCGUUCUUGUUGCACGGUUCAGUCGGUGGGUGGUCUAGAACAUUAUUCUUGCUUGCUCAUGAGCUUCCUCAAGAGGUGGGUGAUUUCGGAAUCUUGGUGAGAUCAGGAUUUUCAGUUCCUAAAGCACUAUUUUUCAAUUUUCUUUCGGCACUGGUCGCAUUGGCUGGAACUGCACUGGCCUUGUUCUUAGGUAAAGAUCCAGGGCAAUCAUCCUUGAUCGAGGGGUUCACUGCCGGCGGUUUCAUUUACAUAGCAGUCGCAGGCGUCCUUCCUCAGAUGAACGAUGCAAAGACAACAUUUGGCAGCACAGCAGUUCAGUUAACUUCCCUCGUAGUAGGAAUGUCUGUUGCACUUUGCAUCUCCCUCUUCGAGUAACUCCUCGUUUCCAUCUUCCCGGCCUCAUUGCAAACGUUUUGGCUCCAAGAAAACAUGCUGCCAAGGUGGAGGGCCAGACAUGUUAUUACAGUUUCUACAUGCGAUAAGAAAAACCAUGAUGCUCGGCGAAUUUGUCAUUGGAAGAACAACUUUCAGAGAUGAAAUCUUUGGUUAGAGAAUUGAAAUGCUGAAUUGUGAGUUUUAUACUGUUCACUGAUUUAGUAUUAUUGUUAAUAUCUAUAUUUGUAGUUCCGUGUUUACAGGAAGAAAAAUCUUGAACUUAGUUGAAUCAA